AUGCCUUCACAGGUGGCCACUUGUCUGCGCCUGGCGCGACAGUUCUCUACCAAACCCGCCAAGCACCAACGGUUUCUGGCACGGGCUUUCUCCAGCAGCGUCCUGCGGCCGGAAAUCAACAAGGUUGUUUCUUCGGCGGACCUUGCCAUCAAGGACAUGAAGUCCAACUCCACACUGUUGGCAGGUGGCUUCGGACUCUCGGGGGUUCCGGAUACGCUGAUCAAAGCGGUGCAAGCUAAUCCAUCGAUUACGGGAUUGACGGUCGUCAGUAACAAUGCUGGGGUUGAUGGAGCCGGUUUGGGUCUUCUUCUUCAGACGCGACAGAUCAAGAAGAUGGUUGCGAGCUACGUGGGCGAGAAUAAGACCUUCGAGCGCAUGUACUUGACUGGCGAGAUCGAACUGGAGUUGACGCCUCAAGGCACCUUGGCGGAACGUUGCCGGUCCGGCGGUGCAGGCAUCCCGGCCUUCUACACCCCAGCUGCCUCCGGAACGGUGGUGCAGACGGGUGAGCUGCCCCUAAAGCACAAUGCCGACGGUACGGUUGCGCAGUACAGCCAGCCUCGUGACGUCAAAGUCUUUGAUAACAAGAGCUACGUGAUGGAGGAGGCAAUCAAGGGAGACUAUGCCUUCGUCAAGGCCUACAAGGCCGACAAACUCGGGAAUUGCCAGUUCCGCUACGCCGCCGCCAACUUCAACGGGGCCAUGGGGCGCAACGCGAAGAUGACCAUUGUAGAGGCGGAGCACAUCGUGGAGCCCGGCGAGAUUGAGCCGGCGGCCAUCCAUCUGCCAGGGAUCUACGUCAAGCGCGUCAUCCAAAGCUCUGAGCCCAAGAACAUUGAGAAGUACACCUUUGCCAAAGAUGAGGGCGAGGAUACCGCUGCCCUGGGCAAGGGGGACACCGCCGCCAAGCGGGAGCGGAUUGUCCGGCGCGCCGCGAAGGAGUUCAAGAACGGCAUGUACGCGAAUUUGGGCAUUGGGAUGCCAAUGCUGGCUCCCAAUUUUGUGGAUCCUUCAGUGGAGGUGAUGCUACAGUCCGAGAAUGGCAUCCUGGGUCUGGGCCCCUAUCCCAAGAAGGGCCAGGAGGACCCGGAUCUCAUCAACGCCGGCAAAGAGACCGUCACUCUGUCUCCGGGGGCUGCUUGCUUUGGUAGCGAGGAAUCCUUCGGGAUGAUCCGUUCCGGAAGGAUUGACCUGACGAUCCUCGGGGCCAUGCAGGUCAGUGCCCGCGGCGACCUGGCCAACUGGAUGCUUCCUGGUAAGAUCAAGGGAUUCGGCGGUGCCAUGGACCUAGUCUCCAACCCGUCGGCGACCAAGGUGGUGGUGACGAUGGAACAUACCGACAAGAAGGGUAACCCCAAGAUUGUCAAGCAGUGCGAGUUCCCCCUGACCGGUAGGGCCUGUGUCAGUCGUAUCAUCACUGAACUCUGCGUGUUCGAUGUCGACUUUGCCCAGGGGUUGACUCUGGUCGAGCUGGCUGAUGGAGUCACGGUGGAUGAGGUUCGCAGCAAGACGGAGGCUUCGUUCAAAGUGGCAGAUGAUGUGAAGCCCAUGUUGUGA